CAAAAUGAGUUUGGAAACUCUUCCUGAAGAAAUAUUAAUUAUAAUAAUCAGACUGCUGGACACUAUAUCUCAAUUAAAUUUGUACAAUGCCAACAGUAAGCCUAUCAGAAACAUUCUCUGCAUGCCAGGAGUUAUCAAACAGUGUAAUUUCUCAAUGAAUUCACUAGCAACAGUUAAGACACUGAAUUUAGAUUUUGUCAAGGAUAUUUCUAGAAACUUACAAGAGUUAAACUUGUGCGGUGUACCUAAUAUGAAUAAAACUGCACUGGUAUUAGCUUUGAACAGAAUGAAAAACUUAAAAACAUUAGAUGUUUCCUACACAAACAUUAAUGUUUUGGACUUACCAACCAUAUAUGAUGUAUGCUCCACUAUAAAGAAUGUAGCUAUUGAUUUUCAUGUACCUAAUACAUUGCCUGAUGAGACAAUAGCAAGAUUUCGAAAAAUGUUUCAAAAGAUGGAAAAAGUCCUCUUUGUAGGAAGCCUUGCGAAUUUAUUGUUCUGUAGUGUCCCACUAAUUAUGUUACAAGGCAUACACUUAGAUGUGAUACAUUUUACGGUUGCUAAGCUCGAUAAAAAUUUUCCUGCAUUCCCAAAUUUUGCGGAGUGUGUACCACUCCACUUCAAUCAUUUUUGUGUGUGUUAUUUGAAUUGGGUGUUUCCUUCUGUGUACCGGCAAAAUCCAUUUUCGAAGUUUACAUUUAAUUAUAAAUUCAAAUAUGCUUUUAUUGUGAUUGCAUUCGAAUUAGGCUCAUGCAGAGUUAUUUGCUCUGACAUUUUUAAAGAAUUUUUCCAAGAAAAAUUUGGCAUUGAGGCUGACCCAGAAAGUAAAUUUGAACCUGAUAUUAUAACUCAUCCAGUUGGAAAGCACACAAAUCUUAUAUUGAUGAUGUGGAACAUGGAAACAACACAAUUUGAUAACACAUUCUAUCGGAAAUUGUUUCUAAGAGUUGUUGAUUGUUUCCCUUGUGAAGAAAAGCAAUCUGAAUCUGAGUUAAGAAAUUGGUUCUUAAUAAAAGAAAUAGAAUAUGAAAUUUCAGAUCGCCCUUCUGAUUUAAUGUCUCCGCCUAUGUUUAAAAAACGUAGGGUUGCACUAGAAAGUGUGCCUUUAGUUUUUGAUGAUGAGUUUAAAGAGUACAAGAGUGUACAGUUGUCUUUUGACUUCAGUAGUUGUCAAAUACACAAUCCCGUGUCACUACCUAUAACAUCCGAUUAUCUUCGUAAGGUAACUUACAUGAGUUUGACAGGUUUUGUGCGUUAUACAAGAGGAUUUUUUAACGUUUUGUUUCGUAAUUGCACCAGUUUAGUCACUUUAAACGUUGAAGCGUCUCCUGUGUCCUCUUGUGCCCCUCUCAUUUCGAGGUCCAUACCAAUCAGUCGAAGUUUGAAAAACUUUCGUCUUGUUGACAAAGUAAUAGACUUCAAAACUCUGUUUCCUUCUUUGAGUCAAUGCAAACAUCUGGAAAACGUUCACAUUCAGGAUGUAUGUAUCGUGACAAGUGGCUUUAUGAGUCCAGAAACAAUUUUUGAAAAUUGCCGAAAUCUGUACUAUAUGUCUCUCCGCAUAUCUUUGGCUGUAACAGCGGUGAAAAAAGUGAAUGCCAUUGUAAAUAAAGCUAAGGCGAAAUGCGGUCGAAGUUAUUUGCGAUUUGAAUUAUAUAAUAAUUUAACAUAUAAAGAUGUAAGAUACAAUUACGACCCUUUUCUUAGUGUUUUUAAAUUGAAUCCAAUAAAACAAGUGUAAAGUUACUAAUUCCUACAUA